AGCAAAAACAUUACUAUAUAGGAUUGGAGAGAGAGAGAGAGAGAGAGAGAGGGAUGCUAAUUUAGAAGAGAAGAAAAAGCAAUGAGGCAGCAAGCACGCCAAGCAGUCCUGGCUAGCUAGCUCCUGUGGCGGCCCACUGCUCGCUUGCCCAACUUAUGACUUAACCAACACAGGUUCGUAGAAUUUAUACACUUCCAGACUCUUAAACCAUCCCUUUAUAUUUCUCUUUAAACCCCCCACCCUCUUCUUCAACCUCCAUCUCAUAACUCCUCUCACACAUCCAAAGGAAAAGACAACUAAGUCCUCUCUCUCUCUCUGUGUUUCUGUCUCUGUCUCUCUGUUUUCUCUGUUUCUCCCUCUGGCUAAGUUCUUCAAUGGCCGGCCUGUGGGGACAGAGCAUUCACCAUGUGGGCCCAAACCCAUCAAUCAGUAGAAGUAACUCACUGAAUAGCAGCAGCAGCAGCGGCAGUGGGUGCUAUUACAACAGCUACAUGGAGCUGAGCAGCAACAACUACACGAUGAUGGAGAAGAGGCAGCUUUUUCUUAGAAGCUACCAGUUCAGCAGGAAGAAGAGCCUGACAGAGAGGAUCAAAGGGUCUUUUUGCAAAGCCAAGAAGGUCAUAUGGUUGAGGCUGCGUUCAGCUCGGAAGCUUAGGAAGUUGGUCUGCUUUAGACUCAGAUAUGGCCUUGCCUACCGGAGAAGAAGACUCUGCCGUCUGCUAAACAAUUACCACCAUACACGCAAAUGCAAAAACUCCUACUGUUUCUGGUAGAAGAAGUACCGGUACUCGUGUAAUUUCUAAUUCUUUUCCUUGUUUUUUUCUUUUCUUUUUUUUCUUUUUUUUUUUUUGAAGAAAAAAAGUG